UCAGGGGUUUCUCAACUUCUCAUGACGGUGGGAUCGCUCGGCGUUGGGGAGCGAAAACCAGAAGCUCUUCGCAUUCCGAGAGUGAAUUGACCGCGUUGAGACGAGUUUACCGUGCGGAACGCGGUUUGAAACGCACCGGCAGCGAUGGCUGCUGUGAAAGCUCUUCAACAGUGGUGCAAAAUCCAGUGCGGUGGAUAUCGUGAUGUUUCGAUCACCAACAUGACCACGUCUUUUCGGGACGGUUUGGCUUUCUGCGCUCUCAUUCACAAACACAGACCGGACUUGAUAGACUUCGACUCACUGAGCAAAGAAAAUAUUUAUGAGAACAAUCAGCUGGCUUUCCAAGUGGCGGAGAACGAGUUGGGAAUACCUGCCCUGCUGGACGCCGAAGACAUGGUGGCUAUGAGAGUACCCGACCGGCUCAGUAUUCUCACCUACGUCUCGCAAUACUACAAUUAUUUCCAUGGACGCUCUCCAAUUGGGGGUAUGGGCGCGAUUAAAAGACCGGCUGAAGAAUCAAACGAAGAACCAUCUGGAAAGAAAAACCAGCCUGUCGCAGCUAAAGUUUUCGUCUCCCCUAAACCGGCCACAGAGGCUCAGAAGCCUAAAUCACCAAAUGACAAUAAGAGAGAAGUUCUGGCCGAACGUGCCAACAAACAAGGGACCCUUAGCAGCAGCUGCAGCGUGUGCAACCAGCAUGUUCACCUUGUGCAGCGCCACCUAGUGGAUGGGAAGCUGUAUCACAGGAACUGCUUCAAAUGCAAGGAAUGUUCCACCAUUCUCCUCUCUGGUACCUACAAGGCUGGAAAAGAACCGGGAACUUUCAUCUGCAAGACCCACAGCAACGUGGAGAAGCCUCUGACCACUCCGACUACAAACAUCUCAAUACCUCCACCAAAAACGCAGCCCACCACAGUCAGCAGAAGCACUACCUCCACCCUAACAGACCGGAACGGCCCAGGUGGAGGUACCGGAGAAGCUGGUUCGACACCUACCGCAUCUAAACUUGGUUGGCUGGCUAGUAAAAGUGACCGUACGCCCACCCGUGGGUCUCCUGCCACACCCGCGCCAACACCCACCCCACUACCAGCACCAAGAACAACACCAGCCUCAAAAACAACUCCAGCACCGGAGACUACAACCGCAAAAACUCCCUUCAGCUUGAAGACGCCAACAGAGUCUCCUACAACCAUAAACAACAGUGUACAGAAGAACCAAGAGGCUAGAAAAAGAUUCUUCGAGUCAAGCUCCAACUCCAGCAGCAUCACACCCACCAGUAAAAACAGCCCAUCAGCCACAUCAACAACCUCAGGGAGUCCAGCGGGUGUUAAAACAUCAGCAUCUAUGAGUCCAGCUGGUGUUAAAACAUCAGCAUCUGUGAGUCCAGCUGGUGUUAAAACAUCAGCAUCUGUGAGUCCAGCUGGUGUUAAAACAUCUACAUUUGUGAGUCCAGCUGGUGUUAAAACAUCUACAUUUGUGAGUCCAGCGGGUGUUAAAACAUCAGCAUCUGUGAGUCCAGCGGGUGUUAAAACAUCAGCAUCUGUGAGUCCAGCGGGUGUUAAAACAUCAGCAUCUGUGAGUCCAGCGGGUGUUAAAACACAGACGUCAGGGAGUCCAGCGUCUGGCCCGAGUGCAGGAGCCGGUGCAGGUAAAGGCAGAGUCCUCCUGCGGUUGGGGGACUGGGCUAAAGUGCAGGACGAAGAGAAAGAGAAAGAGAACGAAAGGGAAAGGGAAAAAGCCAAAACUGUGAUCGGCAAGAUGGUGACGGGGAACAAAAAUCAAAGCAGUUCUUUGCAGAGUCCAGCUGGGCUGAAAGCUAAUUGCAGUAACGUUUCCCCCGUGGAAUCGGGUGUGAAAGGCCCCUCUGGUAGGGUGCGCCUGAAACCGCUGGAUGCCGGGUUGGACUCAACUGCCCCCGCAGCUGGAACGCCAUCCUGGAUCAAAGACAAAAACUUCUCCAGGCCGGCAAGCUCACUGUCGUCCAACAGCAAGGAAAACGAUGCAGCACCAUCUGACUGGAGAUCAAUGCUGAAACCUGUUUCGAAAGCCGUCACUUCCACUGAAGGCAUUAGUUCUCCAAACAAGAAACCAGAGGCGGCGUCAGCGCCACAGGCAUCAGGUGUGGGAAUCUCUCGGACGUCUGGGUCUGCUCCUUCUACUACUAAUGCCUCCCCGGGCAUCAACCGCCCCAUGGCACCCUCAGCUAGCCCGCUGAAAAACGGGCCUAGCGACUCAAAGAGCGCUAGCAGUGUGUCUCCUGUUAGCUCCUCAGGGACCGAAACUCACAAAUUGCACAAGCCGGAUCACAUUCCUAAAGAAGAGAUUCUGAAGGAGCUGAAGGAAAUUGAGAUGAACAUGAACGAGCUGGAGAAAAGAGGAGUGGAAAUAGAGAAAGAGCUCAGACAAUCCGAUGAGGAUGGAGAAGAGGACACAUUAAUGAAUGAUUUAAUGGUGGACUGGUUCAGUCUCAUCAGAAACAAGCAGGUCUACAUGAGACGGGAGUCUGAGCUGGUGUACAUUGCCAAGACUCAAGAUCUAGAGGAGGAGCAGCCCAGUGUUGAAGCAGAACUCCGAAGACUGCUGGAGAAACCAGAUCAUUUGAAAACUUUGAGAGAUCGUAAACGAGAGGAGGAGCUGAUGGCCAAACUGGUGGAGAUAGUGAACGACAGAAACGCCAUCGUAGAAGGACUGGAUGAAGACAGACUAAGGGAGGAAGAGGAAGAUGAGCAGCUGAAUAAGAUGAUGCAGGACCUUGAUGUGAAGAAAGAGAAAGUCAAGAGGAAAUCAUCCAUGUCUCGGUGGUUUAGCAGGAAAAGUAAAAGGCCGUCCGAGGACGACUGAUCCUCAUGAGGGGUGUGCAUGUGUGUUUCUGUGUAUUUGUCUCGGACUUUGAAACAUUCUGCUGAUAGUCAUUAGCAGUUCAGUUCUAAGGUCAGAUCCUGAAAUCUAAAUUGCAGUCACACAGUCUGUAAAAAACGGUGUUUUGGAGACUGCACGUGUUGCGGCGUCGCAUGUCAUUAUGUAUUUUCACACUCUUUCUCACAUGCUUUUGCACGUUCUCCGUGGCUUUGUUUGUGGGUGUGAUUCAUGCAUUUGUUAUUAAAAGUUUUGCACUUCGAAUAAUGUUGAUCAUAGCUCUCAGUCGGUGUUUAAUCAGGGGAUUUGUGUUGAGAGAAAAUAAGUAUCAAGUCGUAUUGAUUCAUAUUGAAUCCGAAUUAAAAAUGGACAAGUUUUUGGUCCAAACUUAAAAACUAUUCAGAGUUUGUCACUUGACUUUUUUUAUGAACAUACUUUAAUUGAGGAGUUUUGUGCUUUCUUCCCCAAUUUUAAUCGCUUUAAUCAUGUUAGCCAAUGACACUUGCAGUACGAUCACUGACCAGCAGGGGGCAGACAACCACUGAGUUUAUAUAUCAUGACUUUUUCGACUGACUUCGAGAUUGAUCUGAUUUGACGGUUUGGGGGAAUCUCAGAUCAUUAAGUAUCUGCCACAAAAGAUCAUGCUUUUAAACACUGUGCAGAUGAUUUUAUUUAUUUUUCAUUUAGUGUUUUUUGCCUUGAAUAUGGGGUUGAAGUUGUUACAAAAUUGCUGAAGUAUUGCGCUUUUUGCAUUUUCAAAUGCUCCUGCUUUAUUAUUCUUAAUCUUUGUUUGCUUUAAACCAAGAUUUUCAGAACUUUGCUCAAAUAUAAUGUGUAGGCUACUAUAAAUACUUGCUAAACCAUGCUUUUAAUUUAAGACUGUUGGCCUUUUUUACCCAUUCCUCAAAAUUAAAUGCAUAAUUUUACACUACUGGAUGUACAAUAAAUUUGAUUAAUCAACAUCAACGCUUUUCUCUUUGUCUAUCUGCAUGUAUAAAACAUGGCCACACUUUGUCCAGCUUU